UGCUUCAAUAACGACUGAGGUGCUCCGAGUAUAUAGAUUGAACUCGAAAACUAGUGACAAGACAGAACUCGCCAUUUUCUUUUACGUUUACAUUAAAUAUGGCAGAUGACGAAAAAUUCGACGGUGUUAUGCUAAAUUUGGCUACACAGCUUGAAGGAGGCGUACCCGAGCUGCUGGAGAAAAUAUUCAGUUUCCUGUCCAGGAAAACUGACUUCUACACUGGCGGAGAAAAGGGACAAUCAGAAAAGAUGUUGAUGGAGAAGUUCCGCAAGUAUGAGAGGCAGGCCCAGGAGAAGCAGGCUGCCCUGAAAGCUGAGAGGGAGGAGGAGGAGAGGAGGAGGCAGGAACGAAUACGCAAGAAGAAAGAAGAGGAGGAGGCAGCCCUCAGUGAGCCCAAGAUCAAAGAGCUGACAGAGGAGGAGGCAGAGAAACUGCAGCAGCAGCUAGACCAGAAAAAAGUCGAGACGAAAGUGGAGCCUGAGGCUGAUAAGCCUGCUGUGGAAGAAGUUCCUCCUGCAGAGAAUGGGCCAGCUGAGGAGAAGAAGGAAGGAAAUAAGUCAGAUGAGGAGGAGGAUGAAGAUGCUAAAGGGAAACUGAAGCCAAACUUUGGAAAUGGUGCAGACCUUGAGAAGUACUCCUGGACUCAGAGCUUGUCAGAGUUAGAAGUUGUCAUUCCAUUUGAUGUGAAGUUUAGAAUAAAAAGCAAAGACAUUGUUGUCAUCAUAGAGAAAAAGAGUGUGAAGGCAGGCUUAAAGGGCCACCCCCCGGUGAUAGAGGGAGAUCUCCAGCACGACAUCAAGGUGGAAGAGUCCACGUGGACACUGGAGGAUGGCAAACAGCUGAAACUCUUCUUUGAAAAGGUGAACAAGAUGGAGUGGUGGAGUAAAGUAGUCAUGACUGAUCCAGAGAUUAAUACAAAGAAAGUCCAGCCAGAAAAUUCCAAGUUGUCAGAUCUGGACGGGGAAACACGGUCGAUGGUCGAGAAAAUGAUGUUUGAUCAGCGGCAGAAAGAAAUGGGUCUGCCGACGUCAGAUGAGCAAAAGAAGCGUGAUGUGAUGUCGAAGUUCAUGGCAGCCCACCCUGAAAUGGACUUUUCCAAGUGCAAGUUCAACUAGCCGUCCAAUGACAUGCCAUAGCCGUCUGUGAUUUCACCUUCAUCUUUCAGUGACCUUGACACUGCAUCUUGUGGCGUAGUUAACAUGGCCACAUCAAGUAUCACCAAAGCUGUUGUGUCGGACAUAUAAUCAUAUAAAGUGUGAUUGCUUUUCUUGAAAGUAUUUGUGAAGAUUGCCUAAGGCAUUAAAUAUAACAUAUUUGCAUGAAUGUGAAUGGAUAUAUCAUUCUUGGAUGGAAAUAUUAUAGUCUGCUUACACUACCAUUAUUUUCUUACUUUUUUUGUUGACUUUAAAUGUUGCAUCCAAUUAACAUUAUAAGUAAUAUAUAUAUAUAUAUAUAUAUAUAUAUAUAUAUAUAUAUAUAUAUAUAUAUAUAUAUAUAUAUAUAUAUAAUAUAAAGUAAAUGUUACUGUUAAGAAUUUAAAUGUUAGUAUUAUUAAGCUUUUUCAUAUUGUGAAAAAAAGCAUUUUACACAUUUGUGUCAUUACUUUCAAUAUAGUUCUUUCCAUUCCAUUUAUAAAUUUGCUUGUUCGUGUGCAAACUGUUUACACAUUGGCUGAUUAAUCUCCUUUUUACUUAGAUAUGGACAGUGCUCUGUGAAAAGGGGGUUUAAUGCAUGUGCGUAAAGUGUCGUCCCAGAUUAGCCUGUGCAGUCCACACAGGCUAAUCAGGGGAAACACUUUCCGCUUGAUUUUUGCUAAGAUGGGACUUUGUUGAAACUAAAAAUAUCCUAAAAGCGGAACGUGUCAUCUCUGAUCAGCCUGUGUGGACUGCACAGGCUAAUGUGGUACGACACUUGACGCACAUUCAUUAAGCCCCUUUUUCACAGAGCACGGCUCUUAUACAUGUAUGUAAUGUGAUUAUUUGUCAGAAAUAACGUUUCUUGAGCAUGUUUUAUUUCGUUCCAACUCAAGUUCCGUAUUCAUCAAUGCGUUUUUGGACAGAGAAUAAAGAAUAGUCUACCAAGGCUAAUCUGGGAAUACACUUUUUACAUGCAUUAAGCCCAGUUUUCCCAGAACAAGGCUCAUAAAUUAUGAGGAGAUUACGUGGAUUGCCAUUAACUUAGUGUUCUCCAUGUUAGACAGACUCAACAUUUUCAAUUCGUACCCAGGCAUCAUAGGGUGAAUGUACUUUGAGAACUGAUGAGCAGCAAACAGCAUAAAACCUGAACAAACUGCGAGUUACUCUCUGGCUGUUCUGGUUUUAUGCUGAUUGCACAUAGCGAUUGUCACUUUGUUCUGAGUGGGAAAGGGUAAAUAAUACACGUAUGUUUUGUAUUAGACUUGAAUCAGAACAGUUGAUGAAUAUGGACAUGCAAUUCAAAACAUUGUGUCCAUUAUAGACAAUUUUAGUCUACCAUGUGCUCAUUGAUGUGUCUGUGUUGAAUCAAAUCAUUGUAUGCAAUUCCAUUUUGUUCUUUGGCAUCAGGUGUGCAUCGUCCAUUUUCAGUUCAGACUUUCCAUUUUAUAAUGUGUGUUGAAAGAAAUCAUGUUUUGAGUGUUAGUAUUAUAACUGUAAGAUGAUUUGUUAGAGAAUAAAGGUGAACAAAUAUGA